AUGGCAUGUUGUUGGCAAUUUUCAAAACAUUCUGUUUCCGAUGCAAAGCUGACAAUCCUUCUGUUGAGGUACAUCGCACUGGAACAAUGGCAACUGUUGUGCAGAAAUGUAGGCAGUGCAGAAUGCAUUUCCAGUGGAAAAGUCAGCCAUCACUCUUUGGAAAAUAUCCUGCAGGCAAUGUAAUGCUGAGUUUUGGCAUCUUCACAUCGGGUGUGAGAAUAAGCCAGGCUUUGUUGAUGUUUAGACACAUGGGGCUGUCAGCCAUAUCUGGACGGACCUUUUUUUAUCAUCAGAAAAAAUUCCUCUUCCCAUCUGUGCUCCAUCAUUGGGAAAGCUAUCGCUCAUCACUGCUUGAAAAAUUGAGAGGGGUCAAGAAUGCACAAUGGUCUGGAGAUGGAAGGUUUGAUUCUAUGGGUCACAAUGCUAAAUAUGGUGUCUACACACUGUUUUCCAAUUCCAUCUCCAAACUGGUCCAUUUUGAACUGCUUCAGGUGAGCAAUUUUUCAGAGUCAUUGUGUCUGUGUCAUGUGUUUGUCUAAGGCAUUUUUUCAAUCCUAUUGUCCAC